GAGCCACCCUCUCAAAGGCACCCUCGCUCUCAGACUCCUUCUCCCACUCUCCCAGAAAUUCCAGCAGCGGAACUUGAUCUCACUCUUUCGUUUGACACGAUCUUGGGUUUUUCCAAAUUUUCAGAGCCACAUGCCGAGAAAGUUCAGAAGCGUGCAAGUAACGUGAUGAAACUGACACAGGAGAACGAGAAGUUGAAAGAAGAGUUGAAAGCAAUGACUGCUCGGUUAGAAGCCGCUGAACGCAAACGUCAGGAGUUAGCUAGCAGAUUCCAGCAACAACCCGGUCGGUCAUGA